AUGGCCCACGUCCUACUACUCCGGGCACCCAGCCACGAUGGCCCCGACCGCUACGAGUCUGCCCUCAGCGACAAGGACCUCACGCCUGUCUCCGUCCCCGUAGUCGAGACGGGCUACACGAACCUCGACAAGCUCAAGGAGACUAUCGUAGCGGGCCCAGAGAAGGGCGAGUUCGGCGGCGUGAUCGUGACGAGCGCGCGGAGCUGCGAGGCGUGGAAGGCGGUCGUCCUCGAGCUCGUCGGGGAAGAUCCCGAGGAAGAGGCGGGUGAGGCGACGCACUGGUCUACCGUCCCGUUCUACGUCGUCGGCGAAGCGACCGCGACCGCGCUCCUCUCCAUCCGCUCCAUCGUCGGGAAGUACCCCGGGUACGCGCCCUCGGAGGAGAACGUCCGCGGCGCCGGCUCUACAGGGACGUCGGAGAAACUCGCGCGGUUUAUCGUCGACGAGCUCUCCUCCGCCCCGCCGGACAGCGCGCGGAGGCGGCUGCUCUACCUGACCGGCGACAAGAACCGGGACACGCUCCCGAGGGUGCUCGAGGAGGGCGGCGUGCACGCAGUACCUGUGCAGGUGUACGAGACGCAUGGAUCGUCGACGUUCGGGGCUGAUUUGGAGGAGGCGCUCACGGGGAAGGGGAGAGACGAGGAUGGGAAGGCGGGGAGGCUAUUGAAGAAGUCCGCCUGCAGAAGCUCACAUAAAUGGACGGUGUCGCGCUCGUUAGUUCCUGCGCGCUGCUGGAUCGUCUACUUCGCACCCUCCGAGGCGGAGUUCACCACUCCCGUCCUGCGCGAACACUUCACGCUCUCCUCCUCAAACAAUGAUUCCACCGCACCGGCUGGCGAGAAACCCGUAGCGCGUAUCGCAUCGAUAGGCCCGACAACGGGUGAUUUCCUCCGGAACAACCUGGGCCUGCGGGUGGAUGUCGUUUCGCCGAAGCCAAACCCUGCAUCGCUGGCGAAGGCGAUCGUGGAGUUUGACGAGGCGCAUCCCUGGUGA